AGUACGGUAAGCGGAUAGGGACAAACCGUAAUGCGUUUGCUUUUCCAGCGGCUACAAGUAGCAUCACUGAUAUUAUCGUUUUAAUGACAUUUUACACGGAGUAAUUCAACCGAGUAUAAAUAUUUGGAAGUAUUCUAUCAAGUUUACGAGAAUGAAGCUGUGAAACCCAUGAAGUAUAUGAAAUUAACGCGCUGUUUUCGAGCAGAGUCGUGUUAUUUACACUCACAUAUGCUAACACAGUGACCAUGGCUGCAGUGUUUCUGAAAACUCAAAUCAACAGAGCCAUAAAAAAACACCUGCUGACACUGAUCUGGACCAAAGGAUCCAUCAGACAUGCAUCUGUGGGCCGGAUUGAGAAAGUCCUCAUUGCUAACAGAGGAGAGAUAGCAUGCCGGGUAAUGCGGACGGCUAAGAAGAUGGGCGUUCGCUCGGUUGCGGUGUACAGCGAUGCAGACAGACACUCUAUGCAUGUGGCCAUGGCAGAUGAGGCGUAUCAUAUCGGGCCAGCAGCAUCUCAGCAGAGUUACCUGCGCAUGGACAAGAUCCUGGAUGUCGCCAAGAAAUCCUCUGCACAGGCGGUCCAUCCUGGUUAUGGAUUCCUGUCAGAAAAUACAGAGUUUGCUGAACUUUGCAAAGAAGAAGGCAUUAUCUUCAUCGGCCCACCGUCAUCAGCCAUUCGGGACAUGGGAAUCAAAAGCACAUCUAAACACAUUAUGUCAGCUGCUGGCGUGCCUAUCAUUGAGGGUUACCAUGGAGAGGACCAAUCAGAUGCCAAACUUCAAAGCGAGGCCGCAAGGAUCGGUUACCCUGUGAUGAUCAAAGCAGUUCGUGGCGGCGGCGGAAAGGGAAUGCGAAUCGCACACUCAGAAGCAGAGUUUCACGAGCAGCUGGAAUCGGCUCGCAGAGAAGCCCGCAAGUCAUUCAACGACGACGUGAUGCUGAUCGAGAAGUUUGUUGAGAACCCAAGACACGUUGAGGUGCAGGUGUUUGGUGACCAGUACGGCGAUGCGGUGUAUCUGUUCGAGAGAGACUGUAGCGUACAGAGACGACACCAGAAGAUCAUCGAGGAGGCUCCAGGGCCGGGCAUCAGUCCUGAGGUCAGGAGGAAACUCGGAGAGGCCGCGGUGCGAGCAGCUAAAGCAGUCAACUAUGUAGGAGCAGGCACUGUGGAGUUCAUAAUGGACGAGCAGCACAACUUCUACUUCAUGGAGAUGAACACGCGUCUGCAGGUGGAGCAUCCCGUCUCAGAGAUGAUCACGGGAACAGACCUGGUGGAGUGGCAACUGCGCGUGGCAGCGGGGGAGAAGUUGCCCCUCUCUCAGGAGCAGAUCAUGUUAAGGGGUCAUUCUUUUGAAGCCAGAAUAUACGCUGAAGAUCCCAAUAACAACUUCCUUCCCGGAGCGGGGCCGCUGCUACACCUGUCCACGCCGCAGGGGGAUCAGUGCACACGCAUCGAGACGGGCGUUCGAGAAGGUGAUGAAGUGUCUGCUCAUUAUGAUCCAAUGAUCGCUAAACUGGUGGUUUGGGGGGAAGAUCGCUCAGCCGCUCUGAAGAGACUCAGAUACUGCCUUCGACAAUACAACAUUGUGGGUCUCAACACCAACAUCGACUUCUUGCUCAGUCUUUCGGGGCAUCCAGAGUUCGAGGCAGGAAACGUUCACACCAGCUUCAUCCCGCAGCACUAUGAUCAGCUGUUCCCAGCAGCUCAGAGGCCAUCCGGUGCACUGCUCUGUCAGGCCGCUCUGGGUCUGCUGCUCCGCGAAAAACAGCACACAGAGAUAUACAGAAACCAAACCAGUGACAUGUUCUCUCCGUUUGCCUCCAGUAACGGGAGACGAGUCAAUGUCCUGCACUGCAGGAACCUGACACUGCAGCUCGGGGACGACAAAGUGGCAUUAUCUAUUACUUACAAUCCAGAAGGGACAUACAGUAUGGAGACUGGAGGUCAGGUGUUUCAUGUAUCAGGAGAGUUGCAGGUGGAGGGAGACGUGACCUACCUGUGGUGCUCCGUCAAUGGAGUGCUGUCCCGACCCAAACUAGUCAUUCUGGACAACACCGUACACAUCUUUUCUAUGGAGGGAAGUGCCCAGGUGGAUGUACCUGUGCCCAAGUUCCUGGCUGGCGUUAGUGGCUCCAGUGCACAGGGUGGCACUGUUGCACCCAUGACAGGCACUAUCGAGAAGGUCUUAGUCAAGGCUGGAGACUCGGUCCAGAAAGGAGAUCCUUUAAUGGUGAUGAUUGCCAUGAAAAUGGAGCAUACAAUCCGUGCACCCAAAGCAGGAGUCAUCAAGAAGGUGUUCUUCAAAGAGGGCUCACAGGCUAACCGUCACGCAGCUCUGGUACAGAUGGAGGAAGAGGAAGGAGCUGGUGAAGAGUAAACCUAGUGACAUCACACACAGAUGACUGGAAAUCCUGAACCUGGAUAAGUUGCUGCUCAAUACAACGAUCUUGACGAAGCACUACAAAUUAGUUUGGAUCUAUUGAGAUUUAACAAGUAAACUAGAAACUUUAAGGA